CUGCUGACCCUGGAGAUGUCGGCUGCGGGUUGGGUGGAUCCCUUGGGUCCUCCCAGCAGCUUUGCGAAGCGGGUGCUGGUGACCGGGGGCGCUGGUUUCAUUGCAUCACAUGUGAUUGUGUCUUUAGUGGAAGAUUAUCCAAACUAUAUGAUUGUAAAUCUAGACAAGCUGGAUUACUGUGCAAGUUUGAAGAAUCUUGAAACCAUUUCUAACAAACAAAACUACAAAUUUAUACAGGGUGACAUAUGUGAUUCUCACUUUGUGAAACUGCUUUUUGAAACAGAGAAAAUAGAUAUAGUACUACAUUUUGCUGCACAAACACAUGUAGAUCUUUCAUUUGUACGUGCCUUUGAGUUUACAUAUGUUAAUGUUUAUGGCACUCACGUCUUGGUAAGUGCUGCUCAUGAAGCCAGAGUGGAGAAAUUUAUUUACGUCAGCACAGAUGAAGUAUAUGGAGGGAGUCUUGAUAAGGAAUUUGAUGAAUCUUCACCCAAACAACCAACAAAUCCGUAUGCAUCAUCUAAGGCAGAGGCUGAGUGUUUUGUACAGUCUUACUGGGAACAAUAUAAAUUUCCAGUUGUCAUCACAAGAAGCAGUAAUGUUUAUGGACCACAUCAGUAUCCAGAAAAGGUUAUUCCAAAAUUUAUUUCUUUACUACAACACAACAGGAAAUGCUGCAUUCAUGGAUCAGGGCUCCAAACAAGAAAUUUUCUUUAUGCUACUGAUGUAGUAGAAGCAUUUCUCACUGUCCUCAAAAAAGGGAAACCAGGUGAAAUUUAUAACAUUGGAACCAAUUUUGAAAUGUCAGUUCUCCAGCUUGCCAAAGAACUAAUACAACUGAUCAAAGAGACCAAUUCAGAGUCUGAAAUGGAAAACUGGGUUGAUUAUGUUAAUGAUAGACCGAUCAAUGACAUGAGAUAUCCAAUGAAAUCAGAAAAAAUACAUGGCUUAGGAUGGAGACCUAAAGUGCCUUGGAAAGAAGGAAUAAAGAAAACAAUUGAGUGGUACAAAGAAAAUUUUGACAACUGGAAGAAUGCGGACAAGGCAUUAGAACCCUUCCCAAUACAGCCACCGUUUGUGUAGUCAGGACAGUUUUUGGAAAAAGAAGAAAGUUAUCCUACCUCGACAAGAUAUGAAAUCAAGUGACCAAAUGAAGUGUCUUUUUUUUUUUUUUCCAUUUGGAAUUAGAUUCAUGACUUUUUGUAUAAAAUCCAAAUGCAAAAUUCCUCAAUCUUUAGAAGAGUUUCAGUAUUGGCAUAGGAUUUAAAUAUCAAGAUUCUUUCAGGAAACUUUUCUGAAUUAGGAACCAGUAGGCAUAGAAAGACUCCUUCAUAGGAAUGGGCAGAAGGAGGCAUUGCCCGGUUCUGAGAACAAGGACAGUAUUAGCUCGGCUGAUGACAGCUUUGCUGGCACUGAACUCAGUCAGCCUCCCAGCCUUUUCCUGCCUAGAAAGUCUCUGAAGUUCUCAUUUUUAGGCAAGUAGGAUGAGACGUAGGCCCUAACUCAUCUUCUUUUUAAAGGUAUGGUAUUGUGCUACAAUUGCUUUAAAAAUGGAACAAAAUGGAAGCACUUUUUAACUUUUGAUAAUUUUGUAACAUGAAGUUAAAUCUUUUUUAAAAGGACAUAAUUUUUAUAUUUUCAAAGUCAUUGAACUAUGUAUAAGUAACCUUGUAUCAGAAAUUUUAUCAUGUUUAAAAUGAUUUUAUUUAUCAAAUGAUCUAUAUUUUAAUGUAUUUAAUACAGAACAUGUUUUUUUAGUAAUGAAUGUUUUUAUUUUCCUAUAGAAGAAUUUUUAAAUACUAAAUUAUGUAUUUUUAAUUCCUCUCUCCCCAUUAUAUUUGAAAAUGUAACCGAUUGGACAUUGUGUUGAGAAAGAUAAAAGAGUCCAAGAGUGUGCCCAGCUUUCUGGCUUUGGUGCAUGAUUGAUGGUUGUUUUCUCUGUGAAGUAGAAAGCCAGGUCAUUAACCCAGAGGUGGGGAGGGAGGGGGAGAGAAAUGGGAGUGAGGACCUGGAGAAUGUGGGGAAAGAGUAAGCAUAUCCAAAAUUAGUAAGAGGAUUUACCAAACAGAAAUCAAACACAAACUGAAGUUGAACACUUGUAACUUCAAAAUUCUGAGAUAUGUAAAAAUAGUUAGAUUGAGCCAGAAUUGGGAAUAGUAUGAAUCGGGUCGGGCGGAAGGACGAGGGAGUGAGAUUAUCUGAAAUGAUGCUCCACAGGUCUUCGUUGUGUAGGGAAGAAAUGCCUCUUGGAGGUAGCCUGUAGAAAAUGGAGAUCAGGAGCCAGGUGUAAGGGAGGUUGAGGUGAAAGUUCAGGGAGGCUGGGAAGUUACAGGCACAAAUGGGACCAACUGAGCAAUUGUCUGUGGUGGAGUUGGUCAUUGAGGGCAGAGGACAAAAUAAAACACUUGCUGUAUCAUUUGUUCUUACA